AUGAUUGAAAAUUACUUUAUAAAACACAGCAAAAGAAAAAACCAAGAGGAAAAUGAUCAACCGCUUGAAGGACAAGCAAGGAAAAUUACUAAAAAGGACCCUCUCCCCUCCCUAUUAAAGGAACCUCCCUUGGACCUCACUGGAGACAAACCCCCCACCCAACAUGACAUUUUCACUGUACUGAAAAACUUGCCUGAACUAAAAUGGCGAAAGAUUACUGCAGAGAAUUUGAACCUUGAGUAUGCUAUAAUGUUUACAAAAGACGAAGCGUAUAAGAUUUUCAAUUAUUUGGAAAACGAGAUUGUUUACGAACAUAACAGUAAAGUGCAGGUUUUUGGAAAAUGGCAUAAUGUACCAAGAAAGCAAGCCUCGUAUGGGAACGAUGGUUUAAAAUAUUCAUUCUCAGGAAGGACCAUCUCGGCUACGCCAUGGACUCCAUUUCUUAGAGAACUUCGAGAUAUGUUAGCAGCCAAAGUUGGAACUAAUUUUAAUUUUGUGCUUAUCAAUCGUUACAAAGACGGUAACGACCACAUAGGUGAACACAAAGAUGACGAACAUGAACUCGUUAGUAGAAGUCCAAUUGCCUCACUUUCAUUUGGUGAAGCAAGGGACUUUGUUUUUCGACAUCAAGAUUCCAGAGGGGCGAAGGCUGUAAGAAAAAUUGAGCCAGUGAAAUUAAACCUACAAGCAGGCAGUAUUUUAUUAAUGAAUUAUCCAACCAAUUCUUAUUGGUAUCAUUCUCUUCCUGUACGAAAGAAGUGUCUUGGGCCACGGAUUAACUUAACCUUUAGACAAAUGCAUUGUUAA